CCCCCCCUCCUCCACGUGGACUUCCCGUCGCUGCCAUCCGCGGUCCUGGCCAACCUGAACCGCCAGCGGCUGUCGGGUCAGCUCUGCGACCUCUCGAUCCGCGUGCGCGGGCGCGUGUUCCGGGCGCACCGCGCGGUGCUCGCGGCCUCCUCGCCCUACUUCCGCGACCAGGUCCUGCUGCGCGACGCGCGCUCCGUGGUGCUGCCCAGCGUCAUGGACCCCGGCGCCUUCGAGAGCGUCUUAGGCUCGGCCUACACCGGGCGCCUGGCGCUGGCGCCUGACGCCGUCGUCAACCUGCUGACCGUGGGCAGCGUGCUGCAGAUGUGGCACAUUGUGGACAAGUGCACGCAGCUGCUGAGGGAGGGGGGGGUGGGCAAUGGGAACCCUUCAUCAUCAUCAUCAUCAUCAUCAUCAUCAUCAUCAUCAUCGUCCCAGUGCACCCACAGCAUGGAGCCACAGUCACCCAGCAGCACACAGCAUGGGGGUGAUGGAGCUGGUGGGGGGCAGCAGCAGUGGGUCUGUGUCAAGCAGGAGGAGCUGGUGCUGAUGGGGGAGGAAGAGGAGGACAUUGAUGGCAAUGAGGAUGGUCAUGGGGCUGAGGGGAUCAGCACCCAACUGAUGUCCUCCAAUGGCACCAAACUGAAGCCUCCCAAUGGUGCUGAGUGGCUCAGCACCCAACUGAUGCCACCCAAUGGUACUGAAGGGAUCAGCACCCAACUGAUGCCACCCAAUGGUGCUGAAGGGAUCAGCACCCAACUGAUGCCACCCAAUAGCACCCAACUGAUGCCACCCAAUGGUACUGAAGGGUUCAGCACCCAACUGAUGCCACCCAAUGGUACUGAAGGGAUCAGCACCCAACUGAUGCCACCCAAUGGUGCUGAAGGGUUCAGCACCCAACUGAUGCCACCCAACAGUCCUGAAGGGCUCAGCAUUGAACUGAAGCCCCCCAAUGGUGCUGAGGGGCUCAGCACCCCACUGAGGCCCCCCAAUGGUGCUGAGGGGCUCAGCACCCCACUGAGACCCCCCGAUGCCCAUGGGGGGCACGGGAGGGUCCCCACUGCUCUCCAUGGUGCUGAACGUCUGGGUCCCCACCUGCGGAGCCGCGGAGCUGUCCGUGGUGCUGAUGGGGUCAGCGCCCCAUUGAGGUCCUCCAAUGGGGCCAAUGGGGUCAGCGCCCCAUUGAAGUCCCCCAUUGGUGCUGAUGGGUUCAAUGCCCCAUUGAGAUCCCCCAAUGGCACCGACGGGCUCAACACCCCAUUGAAGACCUCCAUUGGCACCGAUGGCUUCAGCGCCCCAUUGAGGUCACCCAAUGGCACCAAUGGGCUCAACACCCCAUUGAAGUCACCCAAAGGCACCGAUGGGUUCAGCGCCCCAUUGAAGACCUCCAUUGGCACCGAUGGGCUCAACACCCCAUUGAGGUCACCCAAUGGCACCGAUGGGCUCAACACCCCAUUGAAGACCUCCAUUGGCACCGAUGGCUUCAGCGCCCCACUGAGAUCCUCCAAUGGCACCGACGAGCUCAAUACCCCAUUGAAGACCUCCAUUGGCACCGAUGGCUUCAACACCCCAUUGAAGACCUCCAUUGGCACCGAUGGGCUCAGCGCCCCAUUGAGGUCACCCAAUGGCACCGAUGGGCUCAACACCCCAUUGAGGUCACCCAAUGGCACCGAUGGGCUCAACACCCCAUUGAAGACCUCCAUUGGCACCAAUGGGCUCAACACCUCAUUGAGGUCACCCAAUGGCACCAAUGGGCUCAACACCCCAUUGAGGUCACCCAACGGCCCCACCCCCCCCCUGGAGGACCCAGCCAACCCCCGCCAGCCCUCCCCCCCCCGCGGCUCCUCGCGGCUGUUCCCCUGCCACUGCGGUAAGUCCUUCACGCACCGCAGCAUGCGCGACCGGCACGUGAACAUGCACCUGGGGCUGCGGCCGUUCGCCUGCCCCCUGUGCGCCAAGCGCUUCAAGAUGAAGCAUCACCUGAGCGAGCACAUGAAGACCCACACAGGCCUCAAGCCCUAUCAGUGCCCGGCCUGCGCCAAGCGCUUCAUGUGGAGGGACAGCUUCGUGCGGCACCGCGGACACUGCGAGAGG